UCCGUUCCGUGUUUUGCAUGACUUCGGUGGCGCGUCUCCUGCUAAUGCAAAACAAAAGGAAAUCGGCCACACUAUCAGCAAGCGGCGGAGCUUCACGCAAGCUAACAUAUUAGCUGGAAUGUUUUGACUACCUUUAAUAAUACACGGAAACAAGUACAUUAAUUCUACACUAUUUUUCGUACAUUUACAUAUUAUUAAAGCAAAUGGAAAGAAUGCAAAAAGGCUUUUGUUAAAACCCUUCCAAAUACUGGACCGUCGGGGACCUGGUGGAGGAUGCACCGGGGUGCGGACAGGGAUUUCCAGAUGUCCACACGGAGAAUGGGGACAUCUUUGUUAUUCCAGCUCUCGGCCCACGAGCGCGAGCUCGACUUGGUGUUCCUGGACCACAGCUAUGCCAAACCGUGGAAUGCCCACCCGGACGCUAGCAGUGCCCGACCCACUCGCAUGCUGUUCGUAACACCCCGUCGCCAGCCUGAUUCCUCAUUGUGUAAUGUCAUCUCUUCUAGGGAAUCGGACCCAUCCAUCGAUGUAGAAACUGUCACACCUACGCCAGUGCCGUUGUAUGACAACCACAAGGCUCGUAGUGUGAUGAAAGAGUGCGAGCGCCACGUCUUAUUCGCGCGCACAGUUGCAGAUGGCCCCCCACCACCUGAUGACUGGGAAGAACACAUCAACAAGACUGGAUGGUCACUAUCGCAAAAUAAAUUAUUCAACAAAGUUCUGAAGGCCCUGCAAGCAGAAAGGUUGGCCCGGUUGGCCAAUGAAAACGCCUCCAACGAACCGGUGCUUCGAAGGAUCGCCGUGGACAAGUGUGCCAGGAAGGUGCGUCACGCGCUAGCUAGCGUGAACUGGGACACCAAGCUAACCCAGUGGUUGCACACCACCAUGAUCGAGUCUCUCAGCCUGGCCAUGCUGGCCGCGUACCUGGACGUGCUGCAAACACUCAAGAGCAAGCUGCCCUCCCUGAUAGACAGGAUGCUGCAGACGUCGUCGGUGAAGACGGGAGCCGCGGGUGCGGAGGCCCUGUCCCUCCUCCUGAAGAGGCCCUGGGACCCCGCCGUGGGAGUGCUGUCACACAACAAGCCGAGCAAGCUGCCUGGCUCCCCCCUCAUCCUCAUCGCUCCGUCUGGGCCCACCAACCCUGCCUUCUCCACCUCGCGCAGGAUGAGGUUCUGGCAGUCCCAGCUGUCCUGCCUGGGAAAGGUAAUCCCAGUCAACACCCAUGUGAACAGCGGGGCCAAUGUGGGCAUCACACAGUGUCUGGAACACAUGCUGGGUACUGUCAGAGCCAAAGUUAUCGAGGUCCACAGUCACUUCCCCCUCAAACCCAUCAUCCUGGUUGGCUGGAACGUGGGCGCGCUCAUUUCCUGUCACGUGUCUCUCAUGGAGUACCUGACCGCCGUGGUGUGCCUGGGCUUCCCUCUGAUGUCAGCGAGCGGACCCAGAGGGGAUGUGGACGACCCUCUGCUGGACAUGAAGACUCCGGUGCUGUUUGUGGCGGGUCAGAACGCCCUGCAGAGCAGCACGGAGGCCAUGGAGGAGUUCAGGGACAAGCUGAGGGCCGACAACAGUCUGGUGGUGGUGGGAGGAGCCGACGACAACCUCAGGAUCAACUCCACCAAGAUGAAGUCUGAAGGUCUCACUCAGACCAUGGUGGAUCGAUGCAUUCAGGACGAGAUAGCGGACUUCCUGUCGGGGGUGCUGACGCGGUCGGAGGGCCACGGGCACAGCCCGGGGGAGAUGAGAGACCUGGACACGGAGAAGAAGAAGAAGCCCCGCCGGGAGCUGCCCUUCGACCUGGAGCGAGGGCGGCCCUCGUCCCCCGCCCUGCGCGUGCCCAUCUCCCCCUCAGGCUCGGAGGUCAGGCCUACCGACGCUCUCCACUCUCUCAUGGACCUGUCCAGUGUGUGCAGCAGUCCCACCUCGAGCCCCAAACCAAAGACGUCAGGCCUGUCCCCGGCACAGAAGUCCAGUCUGAUCACAGCCACCCAGCUCCUCAAGACCCACAUGCAGAGGUCCGGGACCGUGCUCACGCACAAGCAGGCGCAAGCUCAGUUUGCUGCUUUUAUGAAACAAAACAUGCUUGUGAGGAAAAGCCUUCCUCCUGGCACCCCCUCCUGUGUCUUCGUGCCCGUGUCCAGCGAGCAGACGGAGGGCCUGGACAGGGACGAGCUGAGGACCCACGUGAAGAGGAGGCAGUCUCCCAGCCCCAACACCACCAAGAGCGCCAAGAGGGCCAAGAUCAAGGUGACCAUCGUGUCCCACGGAGAGACAGCAGGGGGCGCCAUCAGCUCUGCUGCACAGGAAGGAAGGCUAAAGCAGGCUGUGUCUCUCUCCCCAGCGGGGGCGUCUGGGAAGCCCCUCAGCGUGAGCGUGGGACACACCGUGUCUGGAGCCAAGGAGCUGUCUGGCCUCCUCACAGCCCAGCGGUCGGGUAGCCUCUCAGAGGGGUGUAGUGCCCUGGCCUCGGGGGCCGGCCCUUUCCACCACCUGCAGACUUGCAUGGUGUCAGGUUCCUCCUCACCAGUCCAGGCGCAAGCUCCUGUUACUGCCCAAGCUUCCGCCAGCAGCCUCCUUCAAGGCCUAAGUUUCAGUCUCCAGGAGAUCGUCACCAAGUCCCCUAGCCUGCCCUCCACAGCAGCUAACAUGGGAUCCACUCAGGCUCCCAGUGGGAAGCCCCAGGUCCUGGGCUCCAUUGGCCCAGGCAGCAGCACCUUGCUCCGGGCCCUCCCUGUGGUCUCCACCGGAGGGGUGUCCAAGACCACCGCCAUCCACCAGCUCCUCACCAACGGAGGGCUAGCCAAGCUGGCCAGCAGCCUACCCGGCCUGGCGCACAUCUCCACCCAGAGCGCUGUGACACCGCCCAGUACUCUGUCAGGUCACAUGCUCCACAAGGUGCUCGGGAUGUUCCAGCCUGCCUCGACUGAUGCGCUGCACCAGAACCUCACCGCAAUACCGUCCCUGUCCCUCACCCAACAUGGAUCUCCAGCGUCUUGACAAGACCAGCUUUUCGUGUGCCUAUAUGACAGUUACAAGUUAACACGAUAUUGAGUGAAGAAACCCUUUUAUCCAAAGUGACGUAGGAAUAAUGCAUGUAGAAAGCACAGAAGACCACGGGUCAGAAGUGCGUCGUUCUAACAGUAUUUCGGUGGUCAGAGUCAAGAAACGGUCUCAACGCUCACUAACUACAGUUUCUCAUCCUUCACCCCCUGGUAUAUGCUCAUUGAUGACUUCAAAUAGCUUGGCUUAAAAGUAUUCUUUCUUAUUUUACAUGGUCAACAGUGUGUUUGCUUGUUAUUCAGUGUUACUAUAAUGGAAUGGCAGUCUGUUUGGCUUCAACUGUGUAAGUGAAUCUUAUCUUGCAGGGCUGGCUUGUCUCAACCAUUUUAUGAUUAUCUCAGCAAACAUUUUGUCAACUGUGAAAUUAUCUUUUAAGUAAUUCUCAGAAGUGUUUUCUUUUGAGUGGACAUUCAAGGUUUUUUUAUUUGCAGGGGAUGUGAAACAGGUAGGGAGGAGCCCAAAUUAAACAUGUUUUCUAAUUAACUUAUAAAGUGUUUUUAGAGAGAAUGAAGAAUUGCUCAGUGUAUUUUGUAAGUUAUUUACUUUGCUCUCACAUGACUUGAAAUGUUCAUUCCAUUUUUUUUUUUAUACAAUUUUUUAAAACAGCAAUUAUCUGUUCUUUUUUGAGCAUGGCAAAUUAUCUCAACCUUAUUUCAGUUCAGGGGGACAGUGAGUUAGUUGUCUUUCACACACAGAUUUUUCCCCAGCGUUUGUCUGUAAUGGUGUAGCUGCUUAGGGCCCCAGCUGCAGUGUAAAUACUCUCAUUUAAGCAGACAUCCUCUCUCAUCAGGCACACAUGGACAGUGGUCAGACAAGACAGAAAGGGAGAGUGUGGUUCUGUGCUUAUGUAAGCCAGGCUUUGUGUGUGAUAAGCAGGGGAUAAGUAUGCCAGUCAGGAUGGAAGCCAGCGAGUGCUGUUGACUAACCUACACUGUCCCAUUCCUUCAAGCAGUACAGUCUCAUAUUCACUAUCACCCAGCCUCUGCCACACCACACCAAGGAAGCUUGUGUGGAUCAGGGACAGGUUUGGGGAGCCUUGUAAACAGGCUUGGGUUCACAGUGGUAUUUAUCCUAUAUGAGUUGAGUAGCCUACUUGGGUACAGUAAACAUUUA